UCUUUUCCUAAAGUAUAUAAAAGGAUCCCAGUAGUCCUCUCUCAGUGUAGGGCAACACUGAAUCAACAAAAUGGGAAAGAUCAUCUUCUACGAAGACAAGAACUUCCAGGGCCGCUCCUAUGAGUGCACUAGUGACUGUGCUGACCUGCACUCUCAUUUCAGUCGCUGUAACUCUAUUCAAGUUGAAAGUGGAUGCUGGAUGGUAUACGAGAGGCCACAUUAUAUGGGUUACCAGUACUUUCUGCGCCAAGGCGAAUAUGCUGACUACCAACGGUGGAUGGGUUUCAAUGACUGUGUCAGAUCUUGUCGAAUGAUACCCCAACACCAGGGAUCCUACAAAAUGAUGAUCUAUAACCGUCCAGACUUUGGUGGUCAGAUGAUGGAGUUCACUGAUGACUGUCCAUCACUUUAUGAUCGAUUCCAUUACAAUGAUAUCCACUCUUGCAAUGUUCAAGAUGGAUACUGGAUCUUCUACGAGCAUCCUAAUUACAGAGGCAGACAAUACCUCAUGAGACCAGGUGAAUACAGGAGGUACAGCGACUGGGGUGCCAUGAGCUCAAGAAUUGGUUCUAUCAGACGUAUUACCUUCUAAAACUGAAAAGCAUGAAUGAAAGAAACUAUGCAAUGAACCUUUUCUGACAUUACUUUUGGAAAAUAAAUGGAAACAUUUAUUUGUCUGAUUCACUCUUGCUGCAAUUCAGAUGCCAGUCAGUUUUUGGAAAACAGUGUCAGUUGGUUCUUACUCAAAUCUACUUACUUUAAAACAAAUUUGACCCCAAUUAUGUAGGCUGAUGAUAGUUUCUGUCCUUUAUAUUUAACACAGACAUUCUAUUGUACUUUGCCACUUUUGUUAUGUUUUGUCAAAAUGUACUCACUCUGCUUGUAGUUCAUGCCAGGAAAUUGCAAAUCAUUUUUGUUUAUAAUAACAAAUGUGAACUUUACAUGGGCGUAUCUGGUACUCUAGGUUUGUGUAGUAGCACAAUUGUGAAUUGUGUUAAUUUACUGAAGCAGUAAAAUAUACAUUUCUUUAGAACACGGUAACAGUCCAUCACAAAAAUAAAAACAAAAAAAAAAAAAAAAAAACAAA